CUGACGACAGCUGUCAUAACGCACGCUGACGUAUGUAUCGCUAUUGCUUAGUUUUUACAGGAAGAAAUCGAAAAUCGUGAUAUUAAUACUAAAUAAAAUAUCUCACGUCAUUUUAUUGUGGUUAUUGAAUACGCAGAAAUUAUGAUAUACUAUUAAAACACGUAUAGUGUUGAAGAUUUCACAUAAACUUGGACUUUGACUUAAAAGUUGAUGACAAUGGCAAACAAUCGUAUACCUUCUGGCCCUAAUACGCCUGGAAGUCAGCAGACACCCACGCAGCAAGGUAUAAAGAUAUUUAUCCAGAGAGACUAUUCUGAAGGUACAUCGGUCAAGUUCCAAACAAGAUUUCCCCCCGAAUUAGAAGAUAGGAUAGACAGACAAUCAUUUGAAUAUACAAUGGAACGGUUGAAUGAACAUUUUGAGAUGGCGGAAAAUGCAGACUGCAGUACUUACUGCGAAGGAUGCCUAGCUUGUCUUACAGCUUACUUCAUUUACAUUUGUACAGAAACACAUUAUGAAAAGCACUUACGGAAAGUGUCCAAAUUCAUAGCAACACAAAACGAGAGGGUGUAUAAUCCUCGAGGUGUACAUAUCACGGAUCCCAUACUGAGAGGACUAAGAGUUAUUGAGAUCACAGUGAUAGACCUACCGAACUGUCAGAGCCCGACGGGUAACUCAACAAACACACAGAUGCGACACACUUGACCACCACACGAAAACAGGGAGUUUUUCAUGUAACAAUCACGGUAUUGGUUCUAAGCCAUUUGAUGAGAGACUGAGGGUGAGACGCUGAUAUUUAACACUCCAACAUACAUGUGGUGACCGGUCGGGCACACUUUGUGACACGUGGCGCGAAGUGCCAAACAAAUCUUCUAAAUACACUUACGUUAUCACACACGAGAACGAAUAAAUGCGGGGUGUUGCUGUCUCGUUUCUUCUCAUGUAUACGCGGGCGGGGGAUUUACCUAUAAUCGCAAACAAUUGCGACAUCUAAAAAUUGCACAAUAUUUACUGUUAAACUUCAUUUCUGAUAUGAUGUUGAUGCUGCCUCUGCAGAACAAUUAAGGAACUAAAAUUACUAUUAUGCAUUAAUUCUAUAUUUUGCCACUAGAUCACAAAUGACGCUGUUUGGCAAAGAAUGCAUUUAACCUAUUGCGCGCUUAGGAAGCAAUUGUGCUACUUAAUAUAAUUUUUUUUGCAAUUAGCAAUUGUUCGCGCAGUGUUUGCUGUUAUAGGUAAUAAGGAUGAUAGUAUAAACAUAUCGGUAAAUAGAUUUGUUUCCAAUAUGCGUUUAAAGAAUGCAACAAUCCAUAAAACUGCGUUACUGACUUUUGCCGUGAUUUCUUCUCUACUUCUCUGUAAUAUUUAUUUUUAUGCCCCACGCCAUUAUCCGUCUAAAUUAGUAAGUCAAAUAAUUGUGACUUGAGAUCGAUACGACAAAUAAAUAAUAACUAUUUUUGACAUAAAAACCUACAACAAUUCUAACAAAUUAAUGCUCGACUAUUCUGAAAGGGAACCCUUUUAAUUGAGAGACAAAAAAAUCAAACAAACUUCCAAAACAAAAAAACCUUUUUUAAGCUAGUUAAAAAAUACAUUCCUAAUAAUUGAUUAAUUAUACUUAUUUAUAUUACUACAACUUAGUUUAUACGUUCACUUCAACUGUUACUGUCGAACUUUGAUUUUUUGCAAUGUCAAAAUAGUAGAAAAGAUAUAUAAAAUCGUCUGCCAAUAUUUUUAAUUUAUAAUUUUUUUAAUAGUUCAUAAAGACUGGCAAAUAAAGUUAUAAUAAGUUUAGUAGAUCUACAGUUAAUAACUAAAAAAUAUAAAACAAGUUUUAUUGUAUAUAUUUUUCAAUAUAAUAUUGAACUCAGCUCUCAGUUUGUCAUCAAAUUGAUAGUUUGGUUUGAUUUUAAGUAUUUAAAUAUAAGCCUCAUAAUAAAUAUAGACUUGUAAUGUUAUUUUAGGUAUACUUUUAUUUUUAAACUAUCAUAAUCAACAUGGCUUAAAAAUACUUAAAAACAAACUAAUUAGACACCUAUAUCGUUGUUUUUAUAAAAUAUUUUGUAAAUUUUGUACCCAAAUAGUAUUCUGUUAGUAUCCAUAUAAUUUCCAUUUAAUUGUAUAAAGUUGUAGCUAAUGUAAUCAAAUGAUUUGUGAUAAAAUAUAUAUCGAGGUGCUUACAGAUCCUAUCUAUUAUGUAUCUUUUGGGUAUAUUUAAUCUUUUUAUUUUAACAAACCUUUUCAUUUCAAUGAUCGGACUUUUCAAUUAAUUUAUUAGGUUUUUUUUACCUUCGAAUUGUAUUGCAAUUUUUUCACUAUGGAUCUCAUAUUCGAAUGUUUGAGCCGAUUCUGAAAUGUCAUUCAAUCAACCAAUCAUUCGAUUAGCAGAUUGAUUAAUUAAAAUAUCUUUCUUAAAAUUUAGUGAAUUUAAUUAUUUAGAACGAAUUUGACCUAAUAGAAACAAUUGUGAAAAUAUGUUCUCUGAAAAUUUUAAAUUUUAGAGAUUUUUUUUUAUAGAAAAUCACACCUGAAACCGUACACUUCUUCAACUAAGUGUAUACAGUGAGUUACAUUUAAUUACGAUACUCAAUUGAUCUUUAAGCAAUUAAGUUCUACUAAAUGUACUUACUUAUAAGUAAAAUUAAUAAAGAAUAAUUGUGUUUCUAAAACAAUAUUCUCUAAACCUCUAAAUUCACUAUAUUUAAGAGAUACCUAAUUUGAGAAAAUAACACCCUAGAGUUGGUCCCAGCAUACUCUGAAAAAUCUUUGUACUUUCUGUCUAUAUUAUAAAGUUUUAGAGAAGAACAAAUAACACAUUUCUUUUUAUUUUCUUUUAGUGCAAUAUUGUUUUUGUAAGCACCAUCACUAAGUAAUUGUAUAUAAGAACUGUAACUUGAAAAUUAUUAAUAAUUUACUAUGCUAUAACUAUUUUACUGUAUAUUGUCUGAGUUGAUGAGUUAGGUAAUUUAUUUCCAUUUUAACUGUAUUCUAGAAAACGGAACGAGUUUAAAAAUGUUUAAAAACUGUACAAGUCUGCAAUGGGAUUUGAGAUACAUAUUUUUCAUAAGUGGAACUUAAUAGAAUAUCAUAUAAAGCCCUUUGGAUAUGAAUACCAAUGACACGUUUUCUUGUCAAGUUAUUUAUUAUUAUUAUUAUAUUAAAUUAUACUGUGUAAGACCUUUACGUUUUUUUUUUUAUUUAUUUUACAGUCGUACUAAAAUUAUAUAUGUUGAAUGUAGUAUAAAUAAAAAGUCGUAGUUUGCAGUGAAUAUUUAGAGACAAUUUACAUGAAGUAAUUUUUUACAUUAUGUUAUAUCCAUUGGAAACAUAAUAUUCAUACUGGACACAAUUAGUAUAUAAUUUUAGCAUAACUAUAAAAGCAUAAAAUAAUUAUAACAAUUACAAAAUAGAAAGUUGUGGCUUUGAGAUUCUUAUUUAGGGGUUUUUUUUUCUUUUAUUGAUUCAAUGAAUGCGAGUUAAGCGGAAAUCAUCUUUAUGAUUGUAAUCUUAAAGCCUAUUUUUCCACUGCAUACAACAUCACACUCAGUAGUUACACUUAGUUCUGAUUUCUCAACGAGAAUUAAUUUGCAAAUUUACAAAUAUUUAUUCUAUUAUAAAUAAUUUGAUAUGUAAAAUCUUUGACAUUUAAUAUGUCCGUGGGAAGUAAAUGACAUUUAUAUUAUUUUUAAUGAGAAAAAGGUAUAAUUUUCCGUUGAAUCACCUCUAUUUGUAGACAAAUGUUGACUCACUUUUAAAUUUCGACUGAAGUUUGUCAAACAUGCAUGAAAUAACUCCCUAUGCCAAAAUGUUCUUCCAAAAUUAAUGUGGGGACAUCUUAAUGUAGUUAGAUGUAGAACUCGGUGUGUUGAGAAGACUUGCCGUUGUGAUUCAAGUAAUUUAUGUUAUAAUUAUAUGAUUGUAAUAUGGCACAAUUUUAGAUAUUUCAUUAAAGUUAUUAUAGUAGUUUUAUCACAAUUGAUACAGCGCCUGAAGGUGGAUUUUGAUAAUGGAACAAAGAGCAAAGGACGAAGGCUAUAAUGGAAUGGAAUGGAAUUAUGGAAAAUUUUGAGGUAAACUGAUGACAUAUUUGCUUGAUAUCAGUCUAUCUUUAGGCAAGCAGAAGAACCAUGUCCCACUAUAAGCACAUAUUACUAUUCUAUUCUAAUUUCAUACAUAUUAUUUGGAAAUAAGGCGCAGUUUUAAAUACUGUAACGUACGCAUGGCCAGCUUUCAUUUCACAAUAUACAGU